AUGCUGCUGCAGCGCUGCGUCCUGAGCGUGUGCCGUGUGCUCACACUGCUGCUGUGCGUCUCGGCCAGUGAAGACUUCGACUGGACCAAGAACGAGAAGUCGUCUUUCUACUAUGGCACCUUCCCCACCGGUUUCUCGUGGGGAGCCGGCAGCUCCGCCUAUCAGACCGAAGGAGCGUGGAACAUCGAUGGGAAAGGAAUGAGCAUCUGGGACACGUUCGCUCACAAAAAGGGGAAAAUCUUCUCCAACGAUACGGGAGACUCCUCGUGUGAAGGCUACUACAAAUUCAAGGAUGACAUCGCCUUGAUGAAGGACAUGAAGUUGAAUCAUUAUCGUUUCUCCAUUUCCUGGCCGAGGAUUUUACCCAGCGGACUCAAAGGCGACCACAUCAACGAGAAAGGAAUCAAAUAUUAUGACGACCUCAUUAACAUGCUGCUGUCCAACAAGAUCACUCCCAUCGUAACUCUGUACCACUGGGAUUUACCACAGAUCCUGCAGGAGAAAUACGGUGGUUGGCAGAACGCCAGCAUGGUGAACCACUUCAACGACUUUGCCAACUUGUGCUUUGAGAGAUUUGGAAACAGAGUGAAGUACUGGAUCACUUUCAACAACCCAUGGUCCAUUGCUGUGGAGGGAUUUGAAACUGGUGAACAUGCACCUGGACUGAAGAUGAGGGGAACAGGAGCUUAUAAAGUCGCUCACAAUAUUAUCAAGGCACACGCUAAGGUUUGGCACACGUAUGACAUGCAGUGGAGAAACAAACAGAGAGGUAUGGUUGGAAUCUCGCUAACAGCAGAUUGGGGUGAACCGGUGGACAUCACCAACCAGAGGGACAUCGAGGCUGCAGAGAGAUACAUCCAGUUCUACUUGGGAUGGUUUGCUACACCCAUCUUCAACGGAGACUACCCACAAGUUAUGAAAGAUUACAUCGGCAGGAAGAGUGGCCAGCAGGGCCUGGGAGCUUCACGGCUGCCCGUCUUCUCACCUCAGGAGAAGAGUUACAUCAAAGGUACUUGUGACUUCCUGGGGCUAGGUCACUUUACGACCCGCUACAUCACCCAGAAGAAUUACCCAUCAGGCCUUGGAGACAGCUACUUUGCAGAUCGUGACCUCGCCGAGCUGGUUGAUCCACAGUGGCCCGAUCCUGGCUCUGAGUGGCUCUACUCUGUUCCCUGGGGAUUCAGACGCAUGCUGAACUUUGUCAAGACCCAGUACGGAAACCCAAUGAUCUACGUGACAGAAAACGGCGUUUCGGAGAAGAUGCUCUGCACCGAUCUCUGUGAUGACUGGAGGAUGCAAUACUUCAAAGACUACAUCAAUGAAAUGCUCAAAGCGAUGAAGGACGGCGUGAACGUGAAGGGUUACACAGCUUGGUCUCUCCUCGACAACUUCGAGUGGGACGAAGGAUACUCGGAGAGGUUCGGACUCUACUACGUCGACUUCAGGAACAAGAAUAAACCUCGUUACCCGAAGGCUUCGGUCCAGUACUACAAACGCAUCAUCAGCUCUAACGGCUUCCCCAAUCAGAGAGAGGUGGAGAGCUGGAAGAGGAAAGCUGUGGAGACUUGCUCCUCCAGUAACCAGCUGCUGGCUGCAGACCCGCUGAUCGGUCACAUGGAGAUGGUCACAGAGAUCGUUGUUCCCACCGUGUGCACGCUCUGCAUCCUCCUCAGCGCCAUCUUCCUCAUGUUCCUGCUGCGUGGACGCUUCUGA